GGAGACAGAAAGAGAAAGAAAGAACAAGAACGUGAAGAUGUGUUUAUUAUUUUAGCACCUUUAUUAUUUUAACUGUGAUCUCUACUGUAUAUUAUGUAAUCAGUUACUAUAUCCAGGAAUAGGCCGACUUAAAUUAGUCAGCGACAUUGCGGUCAUGUGAGAGGGUGGAGCUGUUAGGAUGAAGGUAUAUCAGCUAUUCUUGGUGACAAUCUAGAUGUGAAAGGGUAUGAACGCCAACAUGCUUGUCAUAGAAAGGAGAAGGAUAAUCUCUGAGUCGGUCUUCAGUCUGCGUGGAAAAUCUACUCUGGUAUUCAUGUUUUUGCUGUUUGGACAAGUUGCAUCUGAACAUCUAGUCACUGGCAUUAUAGGAGAAUCUGUUCUGUUACCCUGUGACCUGAAUUUAUCCAUCAACCCAGCAAGACUCCGGUUCCAUUGGCAAGAUCAUUCAGACGUUGUGUUGUACUCUUUCAACGCAAGAGUUGAGCAAGAAUAUCAGAAUACACUUUACACAAACAGGACACACGCCUUUCAGGUUGAGAUGAGUUCUGGAAAUAUCUCUAUCGAACUCAGGCAAGUAACACCUCAAGACAACCAGAAAACCUACUGGGCUUUCGCGUUGCUGCCCGACAGAAAUGAUCAACCUAUCCAUUUCACCAAAGUGUGUCAGACUACUCUGCUUGUCGCAGCACGGUUUCCGACACCCAAAUUGACUGUGAAGUACAAAGUGAUGAAUGCAAUGUGUUUGACCCAGGGAGGCUACCCCAAGCCAAAAGUCACAUGGACUAUUCAGGACCUCUCACAGCCUCGGAACGGCACUCUGGAACUCAGGGAAGUACAGACCAUCUUUACACGUGAUCCUGAAAGUGGACUGUACACUGUCUGGAGCCAAGUGAAUUUCACAGAGAAUUACACAGAUAAUCAUUCUGUGACCUGCCAGGUGUUCAACCCCGUUCUGAGAGAGACUGUGAGCAACACAACCAUCAUCCGCACAAGUGAAGGUCUUUCUCUCAGUGCUAUUGUAGGCAUUACACUAGGCAUCACACUAUUGAUGCUGAUUUGCGUCGGGGGAAUCAUUUUUGUUUACAAACAAUGUACGUUGCAAUUUCAGGAUUUUUAUUACCAUAAUGAAAAUAGAUCCACUACUGUAUAAAGACACCCCAUCUGUAAAUACUCUGUUAGUGACAAAUCUAAGGAUAUUACAUCGAUUUACAUUCAAUGAAGUGCUACCAACUCCCAAUCACAUGAUAACUGCAAACCUGGGAUAACUAUAGACAUAACUAUGCUUUGUGGUAAAUAACUAUUUUUCCUUUGGCACAAAUAGUUCCUUUGAAAGUGACUACAACUACUUGAAUAAAGAUUCCAACAUUUUUUGGGAAACUAUAGGAUUAGCUGCCUUCAACUAAUGGCAGGGCUGCAUCUGCAUGUUGAAGAUAGAAAUAUAAUCAAUAGAGCGCACACACAAUCUCCUAUACUAUUCCAAUCUAUCUGACAGUCAUACUGCAUUUGAUCUACACAAUACAUUUAUAUCUGAACAUUCUGUUAAUGUCCAUUCUCCUAAAUAUCCAUUGCUCCAGGUGUACAUAAAGGCAAAACAUUUAACAAAUGAUAUUUGAUUAAAAAAAGUAUAAAUAAGUUGUGACCCUCAACUACUUUAUGACUCUUUCAACAUGCCACUGAAAAGGUUGAAAGCUGCAAUUAAUACUGCAGAGUAAUUUGAAGCCAAUUGCAAACAUUGCAAGUUGGAUAUUUACACAGCUAAUUCUCCAGUGUAAGAAAACAAACAAAAUUAACACAGAAUGUUAAAUCAACACUGAAAGUGUUGAGUCUGGACCCAUAUCAAAUAAUUGUAUUAUUUGUGUUAAGUAAUUUUUUUUAUCAAUAAUGACUAAUUAUGUAUACAUUUCAAUCAGGACUGACUAAUCAGAAUACUAUUAUGUUAUUGUAUAGAUGUAUGAAUUUUCUUUUAACCCUAGUACUGAAUAUAAUGUGCGUAAAUAUAAUCAAGAAUUAGAACACUGACUGUCUGUUCCUUGGUAGAAAUGAAUGAACUUAUAGCCAGACUGGCUAGAAUGCUUAUCUACACAGGCAGACCUUGGCUCGGGUCGUAAAUUAUCUCAGUAGGGAGAGACAAUGUGGGAAGGCUUGAGAACUAUAAGCCAUUGUACUGGAGCGGCGAUGAGACGGGGUAGUACGAAAACUAAUGACGUCAUUUUCAGUUUAUAACCUGUGGUAAAUGUAUCAUGUUCAGUACUCUCGAGAAUAAACGCUGCUGAUUGAUUUUGAAACGGGUCUCUGUUAAUUUUAUGCAAAUAAGAGUCUUACAAUUUCUUAGGAAUUGACAGAGUGUUUAAUUCUAAUUGGGUAUUAAAACAUAGAGGAAUUUAAUUCCUGUAACAAUUUGUCACAUGCGCCGAAUACAACACGUGUAGUAGACCUUCCCGUGAAAUGUUUAUUUACUAGCCCAUAACCAACAAUGAAGUUAAGGAAAUAUUUACUAAAUAAACUCAAAAAAAAAGUAACACAGUAAAAUACAGAUAAUUAGGCUGUAAACAGUGGGUGCCGGUACUGAGUCAAUGUGCGGGGUUUCAGGUUAGUUGCGGUCAUUUGUACAUUUAGAUGCCGGUUUUGUUAAAUUAACACACUGCUUAGUGUAAAGCUGUGCCUUUAGAGUUAAUUGUAGAGUUACCACCCAUGACCUAUUUGUUUGUAAAACAUGGUUGCUGCAUUCAGCCAUUUUCAGUCUUAUGGACUUCACUAAUCCUAAGCAAAUAUGUAUUUUUUUUAUGCAUUUUUUAACACAAUAUCAUACGUAUUACACAAGGCCUUAUUUUGAGGGCCUAGUGACACCCCAAUGCAGGGGACUGAAACUGAUACACAUCACUUUGAAUCAAAAACUGCACAUCAAUGUCAUAUUUCCCAGCAUGCUCUAUUGCAGGUACAUUUUUAGAAUUGUUUCAAUAUAUGUAUGCGCCGGUAUUGUACAUUAAUUCAUCAAACAAUCUUAUGCUACUUAAAUAUCAAUUACAAAAUUUUCGAAAUGAAUCCAAUAUCUUACUUGGACUUAUUGCAAAUGUUUGUUCCAGUUUAGAUGGUUUAGGUAGUUUUGAAUACAGGUUGCAGGGUAUCAGAAAUUCUUUUGUUGGAUGCCCCCACACUGGCUAGAUUCCAAUAGGAAUCACACAUCACCUUGCAAGCCAACAUAAUGUGACUUGCAGGCCUGAUGAGGCCUGUAAACCAUGAGUUUAAUGUUGUAUUACACUCAGAAAAAAAAGUAUUGCAUUUGUUUCUAAAGGGGUACAAACACAUGCCACUGUAGUGGUGCGGUGUGGUUGUAUUUUAUAUUUCCUUCUCAUGGGACUCGUAAUAAGACUAAGCGAUUACCCCAUUAAAGGAAUUAUCUCCAUAAGAUAAAUAACAAUAUGCAAGAACACAAUAGUUGAGUUACAGUAAUAUGCAAUGGAUGAAUGCAACAAGCAUGUCUAUGUCACUAACAAAUGCUGUCAUGGGUGGUACUCAAAAGGCAAGGCACUCCGGGAAAUUUUGAAUAAGGCAUUACACGAAACAGUGUGUUGAUUUAAUACUGUUCCAGUGUCUAUAUGGAUCCACAGACUCAUCACAUUGUGUUGAUUUAACACUCCCAGUGUUAAUUCUUUUUUUAAAUCACAGUGGAGAAUUUGCUGUACACCAGAACAGUGUUAAAGGUCCUGAACAGUCAUUCUGAAAAGUAUUGGUUCUUUCAUGGCUAACAACUAAGAAGUUUGAAAAGACUGAGGCUGUGGGUGUGGAGCUUACACAUUAUAUUCAUGAAAUGCUUAUGUCAAGCAACUUGGACGCAGUAAAAUCCUCUCAAGCAAAUUUGGUGAUACACAAAGCAAAUCAAACAUUGAAAUUGCAUUAAUGCUAGAUUUUAUGUUGUUGAUAUACAGUGCCUUCGGAAAGUAUUCAGACCCCUUGACUUUUUCCACAUUUUAUCCUCAGCAAUUCUCAGCAACCUACACACAAUACCCCAUAAUGACAAAACUAAAACAGGUUUUUAGAAAUGUUUGCUAAUUUAUACAAAAUAAAAAACUGAAAUACCUUAUUUACAUAAGAAUUCAGACCCUUUGCUAUGAGACUCGAAAUUGAGCUCAGGUGCAUCCUGUUUCCAUUGAUCAUCCUUGAGAUGUUUCUACAACUUGAUUGUGUUAAAUUCAAUUGAUUGGACAUGAUUUGGAAAGACGAUUGACCAUUCAGGGAAUUGAGUUCUCAACAGGUGUGCCAAAUAUUAUAUUAUAUACUAUUGACUGAAAAAUGACUAGGGGAAAAAUUAACUUUAACAUGCAUUUCUGGCUCAAAACCUAAUUUAAACGCGACUAUCAUCGUGUCUAUAAUAAGUAUCUUUACCGUAGAUGAAUAGGCUAAACCUUUAAUUAUAUUUGCUGUCACCCUACAGUCAAAAUUUGUCACAAGUAGAGUAGUUACCUAGCUAUAUAAACCAUGCCCCUCUGCAAACACAUCUUCUCCCAUGUUGGUUAGAAGGUGGUACUUAUUUUAAAUUAGGUAAGAGAAUACCAUUGGUGUAUUAAAAUGAGAGUUAAGGUGAUGUCACCUUGUCCCGUUAAUAAUGAAUCCAAGUGUUUGAUAUGGGGGAGGGGACCAGUAGCUUUAUGAUCAAACUUCAUCAAUGUAGAAGCAACUGCCAUUUUUCAUACUUUGGCCAACAUACUUCUGGUUUACUUCAAAUAUCAUACCAUUUCAUGAAAAACAUGAUUUUGACUGUUCAUGACAUUUAACACAAUACCAUAUGUAUUUCAUGAGGCCUUAUUUUGAGCGCCUAGUUUGACGGUAAUACAGGGGCCUGAAACUCAGACACAUUUGAACCAAAACCACGUCUAUCAUUAUCGUAUUUCCCAGCAUGCACUAUUGUAGGUUGAUUUUUCAAAAAAGGUGUCACGACUUCCGCCGAAGUUGGCUCUCCUGCCCGUUCGGGCGGUGCUCGGCGGUCGUCGUCACCGUCCUAUUAGCCACUACCGAUCCCUUUUUCGUGUAUCUGUUGGUUUUGUCUAAUUGGUUUCACCUGUGUGUUGUUUAGUUAAUUAGUGUCUGUAUUUAAUGUAGGUUGUCCCGCCCUUGUUUUGUGCAGGAUUGUUUAUUUUGUCAUUCAUUUUGUCUGUCGGUGUUUUGUGUUUCUUAUUAUCCGGUUAGUCUGUUAUCCUGUGUUGGAUAAGUUCACCCUGUGUGUAUUUUGGGUUGACCGUGUUUAUUUUGUUCACCGGAGAAUAAAACUUUAUAUCGCUA